AUGACCUUGUUCUACGAGGAAAACGCGGCGCCGAACCUGCGGCCAGUCCAUCAGCUGACGGGGCCACCCUUAAUAUUCAGCUUGAAGUACGUCCAGACGGCUCCUGGUGCGCUGAAUCUCACAGAAACUUGCCUGUCGAUGGUGCUCUACAAGACGCUCUGCUCGCACGCGGAGGAGACCCUCUCGGCGGCACUGUUCACGUUCUCGUUCGCCUACUCCAUCGCGGGUCUCUACAUGCUGCUAAACGGCAUCUUCAACACGCCCUCGUCUGAUAUGCCCAGCCACCCUUCUGCGUUCAUGGUGGGACAGCAACUCCUAUACCACGGCGGUGGAAGUUUCGUCUUCCUGGUGUGCGGAAUCUACGUGCUCGCCCGAUACUUCGACGCUUCCAACGCUAUUUUCGCCUCAGCGGUGUCCUUCAUGACCACUGCUGUGCACCUGGCAAACGCCAUCUACAUCUACAGGGGCGACUUCCAACGCUUCAUCGAAAGUGUGUGACAAGCCGUGGUUCAUUGCACAGCCCACAGGAAAAAGACAUCGUUACCUGGCUUCAGCGAUUCACUCUUAUUUUUAUAGCUUUAAAACGUAGUGUUAUUCGUUUUAUCUAUUUAUAUAAACAGUAUUUCUGUUCAGUUAUGUUUAAAUGUGGUCGUCUGAUCGCGUUUGUUGAUUUCAGACACGCACAAAUUACGGCUGCAAUAGCGGUCACCGUGGCUAAAUAUGGUCAUAAUUUAAUAUAAGAAGAGCACUAAAGGACUGAAGAAGAUCAUACACACAGCGCUGAUAACACCAACUUACCUAAGUUUCCACGCGUCAUAACUAAGGUAAUUCGUCCGUGUGAGGAAGUCAUCACCCUAUGCAAAGUACCAAUGGUGUUUACUCUAAACACAUGGAACAUGUCGUUUUGUCCAGUAUUGUCGAGUUUUUGGUUGCUAUUAAUUUAUUAUCGUAGUCAGCAUAGAAGACCAUGUGAUAGUCAACUAGCUCUAUUAAAAUUAAUGUGUUGACUGUAUAUAUCACUGUUUAGUCCAUUCUCAUUUACUUGUAGCAUAAUAUGCUGGAAAAAUAUUUACAAUACUCAUAUUCCGUCUUUGCAGAUUAUUUAGAACCAUCCUAUUAAAAUAAUUAUAUACAGCUCACACCUUUUCAAUGUCAAAUCUCUACUAAUAA